CUCAUGGAUAGUGCAAAGUUAAUAUCAAGGGCAAAAAAGAGCAAUUAACUCAGCUUAAAAAGUGAUGAACAAGAAUUCAAUUCCUUCCUCUUUCUCACGAUAACCUCAAAGAGUUCUACUUAGGAAACAUAUGCUUUAGCCAUCUUUAACCCUUUUUCCCUUCUCUCUAUCUCUCUCUCACGCCUUUGUUUAUUCUAAUGAAGUUGUGAGAAGUGUGGAGGAAGAGAAGAGAGGUAAUGCACGAGAGAAAACUAAGAUACACAAAACAACAUGACUUGGUGCAAUGACCGUAGCGAUGUUCAGACCGUUGAAAGAAUCAUUCCCUCUCCAACAGCGGCUGAGUCUCCUGCAGCCUCAUUUCAAGUCUCUACUCACAAAACGUGUCCUUCAUGUGGCCAUAAAUUCAAGUUUCAUGAACAGGCGGGGAUCCAUGACUUGCCCGGACUGCCUGCCGGAGUGAAGUUCGAUCCGACGGAUCAAGAGGUACUGGAGCAUCUUGAAGGAAAGGUAAGAGAUGAUGCAAGAAAGCUUCAUCCUCUCAUCGAUGAGUUUAUUCGUACCAUCGACGGCGAAAACGGCAUAUGUUAUACCCAUCCUGAGAAAUUGCCAGGUGUGAACAAGGACGGGACGGUCCGUCAUUUCUUCCACCGACCGUCGAAGGCAUACACGACGGGAACAAGAAAGCGACGUAAAGUCCACACUGACUCCGAAGUCGGUGGCGAGACACGGUGGCACAAGACCGGAAAAACACGUCCUGUUCUCACUGGAGGACGAGUAAGAGGCUACAAGAAAAUCUUGGUGCUCUACACAAACUACGGCAAACAAAAGAAACCGGAGAAGACUAAUUGGGUCAUGCAUCAAUAUCAUCUUGGCACCAACGAGGAAGAGAAAGAAGGUGAGCUAGUUGUCUCCAAAGUAUUCUACCAGACUCAACCACGCCAAUGCGGUGGCUCUGUUGCUGCCGCAGCCACUGCCAAGGAGCGGCCUUACAUUCAUGGCCACGCCCAUCACCUUGCUGGUGGUCGCCACCUUCAUUACGAUCUUCAUAACGUUAAAGGAAAUGGAGGGUCAGCUGGAGCCAGUGAGUAUUAUAACAAUAUUCCAGCGAUCAUCUCGUUUAAUCAAACCGGGAUACAGAACCACUUGGUUCAUGAUUCUCAAGCAUUUAUCCCUUAAAAAUAUGAGAAUAACUUUUAUAUGCUUGGUCACAAAAUAAGAGAAGUCUAUAAUCUAAGCAUAUAUAUACUAUAGUACACACAUAAAUACAUUAAAAAUAAUUUAAAUUUACAUUGCAAUACUAUAUACGUAACUUUUUUUUGUCAUUAUAUUUUUCCCUUUUUGAUUAUACUGCUUUGUAUACAAGUUUAAUUCCUUGGACUGAUCAUGAAAAAAUGUACAAAGAUCUCACUUUGUCUCUUGGUACAUUAAUUCAUUGAGAUAUUUUAUCGGCAACCUUUUAAUGCAAAAACUAGUUUAUUACA